GUUGUGGGCUUUAAAGGACUGUUGGAGACCUGCUGCAGCUACGAGACGACAGUCAGGACACACUAUAUCUGCUGCAGACUGAGAGGGACAUCAGCUCAGGUACAAUGUUCGGUCAUCGGUGGAUCUCCUGGAUUAAUCCAUCCUCUGGCUCAAUCUCAGUGACUUCAGCCAAACAGGAACAGGAAAUAUCUUCAAGUUGCCUCGGCACCAGAAAGAAAGUGAGCUGUCACCACUUCUGUCCAGUAGUCGGUCUCUCAGCACUCUGCUUGUUGCUGCUUGUGAUCUGUGUAGCACUUUCUGUCUUAUAUAACAAUGAGUCAGACAGCAGGCCAGCGUUGAAAAGCCUCAUAUUUGACUACCAGAACAUCAGUGACAGCUAUCUCACUCUUGCCAAAGCGAACAACGACCUGAGAGGAGACAAUAAAAUCUUCAAGGAGCAGAGCGGCUGGCUGGAUGAACAGAACAAACUCCUCAACAGGACUUCAGACCAACUGAUGUCUGAUAAUCUUGCCUGGAGUUUGGAAAGCACAGAGUUGAUGGAGCAAAUUGUCAAUCUGAAUUCUACAAACUUGCAACUCACACAAGAACAUGAGCGUCUGGUCCAGCAGACGUCUGAGCAGGAGGAGGAGAAGCUGAACAUGUCCCAAACUAUCAAACAUCUGGUCGACGCCAACAGUCUGAGAGAGGAGGAGGGACGACAACUGUCUGAGAUUAACGGCCUCCUGAGGGAUGAGCUGUUCCAGGUGAAGGAAAAGAAUCGAGAACUUCUGGAAAUCAACGACAAGUUUCAAGGAGAAGUUCAAAAACUGAGUGAGAAACACGACACGCAGCUCCGGGAGAGAUUAACAGAGCUUCAGGAGCAGAACCAGAACCUGAGCAGCGUGUUGAUGGAAGAGAGGCAGGAAGCAGCAGAGCGAGAGGAAAGCAGGAGGAACGAGAGGGACCAAAUGGUGGUGGAUCUGCAUUCAAUGAAGGAGGCCUACUACUCCCUAGACCUCUACUGCCCUGUGGUUCAUAACAAGACGAAAGAACGGAUUUGCAGAAAGUGUCAGGACACAUGGAGACUGUUUGAGAACAAAUGCUACUACUUCUCCUCUCGCACACUCACCUGGAUCUACAGCAGAGCCUGGUGCCAGACACAAGGGGGCGACCUGCUCAUCAUUGAGAGUGAGCCAGAACAGAGCUUUAUUUUCGAGACCAGCCAGACUCUGGAUCAGAGCGGCACCAGGAUGUGGAUUGGUUUGACAGACGCAGAGGAGGAAGGUGAAUGGAUCUGGGUCGACGGCAGUCCAGUGGCUUCAGAUUUACAGUACUGGCUGAGUAGACCAGGACUGGGGACUGAGCCUGAUGACUGGAAGCUGGACGACCCUUUGGGGGAAGACUGUGGACACAUGGACACCAGUGAAAACACACUUACCUCCUGGAUGGACGGCUCCUGUAAGACAUCUUAUAGGUGGAUCUGUGAAAAGCAUGUUUAGAUCACCCAACAACAUUUUUUGUUCUCAUUUAAUAUUGUAAAUAUAGCAAUGAUACAAUGAUUUGAAGCUAUAAUUUUCUUUAUGUAGGGAAUUAUAGGACUAUAUAUAUGAUGUAUAAAAUUGCUGCUAUGAAUGAGUUAUAACAUGGUGAUAGUGUACAUUCUCUUUCAAAUAUAAACAGUUUAGUCUUUUCCAUCCCUAUAUUGCAGGAAAUAAAGACAUAUCUACCAGGCA